ACGAAGGCUGAGGGUGCCCGUCCUGUGGAGCACACUAAUCUGCUCGGCCCACGCUGACACUCGGAUGGCGGCGCACACGAAAAUAUCGUCUGGACAGACUGUACAACCAGCGCGGCCGUACACUUGCUGCAUCGUUGACGCUUGAGUUUGUCUGCUCGUUCGACUUCCAGCAACCAGCACGCCAUCCUUCUCGCUGUCCACCCUCGCCCUUUUCCACCCGUCUCCUCUCCGUUCCUUCAUUCCGCCCAAGCACCACCCAUCCAUCCAUGACUCGGGAUGCGGCCGUGAAGGACCAGCGUACCCAUCUCGUGGUCUUGUGCUGCCAUGCUGUAUAUCACGGCACCCAUGGCCGUGACCCGCGCAAGGAGGAGAACUGGGCCCUGAAGCCCUUCCAGCGAGGGACAGACACAAAGGCCGGUGAGCACGAGACGUUCUUGCAACAUGCCUUCGCCGCCGUGCAGCUGCGCAACGAGCGCUCCCUUGUCGUCUUCUCUGGCGGGCCUACCGACGACGCCUAUCCGGACCUGAGCGAGGCCAGAAGCUACCUCAAUGCCUUCGAGCACUGGGCCGAUGCAAUCGGCUACGCUCCCUCCAGGGACGUUCUUGACGGUAUCGCGCUCGAGGAGGCGGCGACAGACAGCUACCAGAACGUGCUCUUUUCCAUCCUGGUGUUUCGGCGGCGAACGGGGCACUACCCCACGAGCAUGACCAUCAUUACGCACGCUUUCAAGAACGACCGUUUCCUCCGUCUGCACGCGAAAGCCCUCAAGUGGCCGGCAGAUCGGGUGAAAGUGCUGGGCAUCAACCCUCCGUUCACCAUCGCCGAGCUCGAGUCGACGGAAGCUGGUGAGAAACGAAACGGAUUCGGACCCUGGGAAACGGACUUGUACGGCACCGCAUCUGUGCUUUCGAGCAAGCGUAAGGCGAGGGGAUGGAAGGAGGGAAAGAAUUCAGAGCUGGCAGAGGGCCUAGAGCCGGUCGUUCAACGAUUGUUACUCUACCAAGGCCGGGAGCAAGUGUUCCCCGAGACUCUUCCUUGGGAGUAAAACCACCAAUCACGUGAACAUGGACAGCUACAACCAUCGCAGAAUGAUGUGACGUCGUCUAACGUGUUUAAGCCUUGUCAUUAGGCCCCAGAGAGAUGAUGUGCUCCGCUGCUAUGAAGCACGCCUUUGUUUUCGGUAACGCCAGUCAAAGCCCGCUUGCCUCCCAGCAAGGGUUCAACACGUACAGUAUAGGUGAGACUCUACAGCUAAAAUUGCUCGAUCAAUCGCAUCUUAGCAUCCAAUUCUCUUCCAAGAUAAUCUACAUCACGCACCUGGGCC